AUGAACAUGGAUGAGCGGAUUUCGAAGGGCAAUUGCAAUAAAGAUGCAGUUGCUGCCUUUAGAUUGACCAAAUUUAUAACUUGGCCUUUGGGUGUUUGGCCUCUGCGUUGCGACGAUUUAUUCUCACGGAUUCGCUUUUAUGUCUGUGUUAUCUUCCAGGUGAUUUUUCAUUGUUUCAAUCAUUCAUUGCUUACGUUGGAUCAGAUGAUGGUGAUGAUUAGCAAUUGUGGAGAUUUUGACUACUUUAUUGAUGAAAUGAUUUCAGAAAUAUGUUCGAUAAUGGGUGUAUUAAAAGCCGUCACUCUUCGUAUCUAUAGUGAUGAUAUUUACAACAUUCUUACUGCAGCUCUUAAUAAAUGUUUUAGCAUCAAAGAUGACGAAUCUUCUAAAGUUCUAAAGCCUUUUAUGAAAGUCGGCUGCUCGAUAACCUACGUUCAACUAAUUAUGUGUCACUUCACGGUUAUCAUAUUUUUAAUUCGUCCUUUAAAUGAGCUCCUAUUUAAUUUUAUAUCUCAAAUCAACAAUAAUCUAGACCGUGGACAUUUUGCGGUAUUGAAACAUGAUAUUAUGAAAAUAAAUGCAAAUUUGAAAGCGACAAGUAAUUGGGAAGAAGAAAUCUAUUCGAUAGUUCAGAGACAUAGCGAACUGCUCGAUUUAGCCGAUACACUGAAUAAAAGAAUAUCCGAAGUAUUGCUUGUAGAGAUUUUAUUGAAUUGUUUAGUUAAUUUAAUAUUGGGUAUGCGGAUAUUAAUAGCUAUGAAAUUGGGGCAAAAUAUAAUAAGAGUCAUUUUAAGUUUUACCGUAUUAAUGUUGCAAGUAUUUUUAUUGAAUUAUGCUGGCGAAACUCUCACUACUCAAACAGAAGCUAUACGAGAUUGCUUGUGCGCUAUUAAUUGGUAUGAAUUUCCACCAAAGAUCCAGAAAGAUAUAUAUUUUAUGAUCAUGAGAGCACAUAAACCAAUUUAUCGAUUAGCUGGACGAUUUUACGUGUUGAAUUAUGAGAAUUUCAAAAAUAUACUUAAAACCUGCUUUUCACUAUUCAAUAUAUUUCGUUUGAUG